UAGUUGCCACUGCAGUGUUAUUGAUUGAUUAAUCUUUUCGAUUAGAAAGUACGUAAAAUGUCAAAAGCUACAAAUGAGGAUCGGAUUCAGGAUACUUCGUUACUGUUCAAAAAUCCAUUCGUUAGUGAAACUAAAAUGAAGUCUGAUCAACAAAAUGAUCAUCCUAAAGAUCAGCCUAAAGACCAGUUUAAAGAUCAGCCUAAAGACCAGUCUAAAGAUCAGCCUAAAGAUUUAAAGAAACAAAUUUCUCAACCGAAAAUUGAAAUGAUUGGAAUGAAUAGAAAUCAAGAUAUGAUCAAAGAAGCAAAUGAAACAAUUCAAGAUGCUUAUUGUUAUUUGAAAACAAGAGAAAGUCAAAUAUCGCUAAGAAGUGUAUCGCAUAUGAGUAUUGGAGCUUCUUUGGAAUAUAUUCUAUAUUACAAGAUUGGUCAUCUUUUUAUUCGUCCAAUGGGUGUAUUUUCGGGUAUAAUCAUCGAUUAUUUUUAUGAAAUUAUUCCAUACAGCUUUAGACGUAGCAAUGGUGAAUUGGAUUGGUUAAAAUAUUUGGCCAAUGAUUUGACUUUGGCUUAUGAUUAUAAUUUCAUUACUGGAACAUUAAGCGAAACACCAAACAGUAUUAUGAUCAUGGCAAACGAUAAUGGAAAAGUGUUUGUUUUUGGUGAAAUGUAUCGAGGUUUUGUUUUUGGUUCACCAUCAACAUUGGAACUAAAAGGACGAUUAUAUAUGGGACAAACGAGCACUGAUGGAUCAGUAAAAGAAGAAUUGAUGAAAUCAAGCUGUAUUGUUGAAGUAAACAAAGGCUCGAUGGUGGUAUUUAUUUGUGAUUUUUCUCAUAUUAUCAUACUACCGGAUACUGAUUGUCAAAUGAACGUUCAAGCAUUAGUUAAAGAGCCUGCUAAAACACAGAAAAAAACUAAAAAAAUAACACCUAAAACCCCAGAGCGAAAAUCAAAACGUAAAACGCCAUCACGUAAAAAACUUAAAUCAAAACCUAAAAAUUUAAAAAUAUCUAUACGUGAAACAACCAAAACAACAACAACAACAACGGGUGAAAUUAAACCAAUAAAAACAGAAACUAAAAGUUUUUCAUUGCCCGAAAAAAGUUCCGAAAAAAUGAUUAUUAAAAUUCCAAUGUUGCAUGAAGUUCAAAACAUUAUCAAAUCAUUUGAUUUGAUAAAAGAUGAAAUUAAAACAAAAAGUCAUACUAAAUUGAGUGAACUAAAGAAAAAAGGUGCUUCACAAUUAUCGUUGACAAAAACUAAAGAAAAAUCAAAAAAAGAAAAAUCAAAAAAAGAAAGAUCAAAAAAAGAAAGAUCAAAAAAAGAAAGAUCUAACAAAGAACUAUCUAAAAAAGAAAGAUCCAAGAAAGAAAGAUCCAAGAAAGAACGAUCAAAGAAAGAUCGAUCAAAAUCAAGACUUUCGCCUGCCAAAACUAUGAUGGUGAAUAAAGUUUCAUCCAAAAUCAAAAAGCAUAGAAAAUCAAAAUCUAGAUUACUCUCUAAAUCGAAACUUGGAAUGUUUUUUCGAAGAAAAUCACGAAGUAAAAAAGAAUCAUCAAAAAGUUUGAAAGCAAGAAAAUCCAUAGUCAAAUUGAAAAGUUUGAAAGCAAAAAAAUAA